AGGUUCAUCGUCAACCCAUUCAUCAAGUGUUAGUUGGUUGGUUACCAACAAGUUAAAGAGAGUGUAUUCAGAGAACUUGAGGUUGUGAAUCAAUGGCACACUCUCUGAGUUUUGCUCCUUUUUCUUCCUUCAAAGCCUCGUGCAGACCAGCAGUUACUGGUAAUUUGGUUGCCCCAAAGGCUUUUUGGAUAAACGAAGCCUGCCACAAUUCUAAAGUUCGGAACUUUCAAUCUUUGAAGGUUAAGGUAAGUGCUGAUUUAAUGCAGGCUACGGAUGAUAAUAAACAAACCAAAGCAAAGAGUAUCGUUUGCCCAGACUGUGAAGGAAAUGGUGCAAUAUCAUGCACUCAAUGCAAAGGUACUGGAGUUAAUUCUGUUGAUCACUUCAAUGGACAAUUUAAAGCUGGUGGAUUAUGUUGGCUAUGCAGGUAAGGGCACUAGAUCUUACAUUUCAGGUUCUGUUCCUUAAUAUUAGUGUGAGCAUGUGCGUAUUCCAUGUUAUGUGUUGUAUGGCAAAUCAACUUCACAAUAUAUUACUUUUUCCACACCAUGCUUUCAAUUAAAGAACAGAUAGGGUUAAUAUUUGAGCCAAAACAGCUCAAGACUGAAAUCUGUAAUACUAAAUGGAAGUAGGAUUGUUGUUAUCAUGCUUCUGGUCAAGUCAUCACUGCAAAGUUGUUUCUCCUUUUCAGUCAGCAAUAACAAUAAUUUUCAAGGUAAGAUGAUCACUACCAACAGUUGAAACGAAUAAUGACUGGGUAGUAGCCAAUUGUUUCCCAGAAUUUGGUGUUAAUGAUACUAGAUUCCAAUAAUCAUAAUUAGAUUUUAGAAAGAGUUGUAUAAAAGAUGUCUAGUUGUUUCAAUUACCCAAGCACAUGAUCAUAUCAUAGCAAUCAGAACUCACCUCAAAUUCCAGGAAACAAGUGCAUGUACAUUAGAGCUAACAGGUACAUUCUGCAACCAUCUAACUUGUUAUUGUCACUAUUGUUUUCAUCAAGUUUAAAUUGGCCCUUAGUAUUAGUGAACCAGCAUAAAGAAACUCUUUUUAAGUUCAGGUAUUGUGUGAUUUCCAGAUUGAUCAGACUGCUCUACUAUCAAUACCAUAUCAUCUUUUCGCCUAGCCCUUAGUUUGGACGAAACAUCUUAAGGAAGAAUUGGGACUCAAAUUUUCGCUCUAAUUUAAAACUCCAUCUUCCAUAGAGAACCAUGUCAAUACCACUAUGUCCUUUGGU